CGCUUCUGCUUCCGGGCCGGCGGCCCCGCCCCGCGCCGGCUGGGGCGGCUGGCGAGCGGGGGCGGUGGCCCCGGCCAUGCGGAGCCGGAGCGGGCGGCGGUGGUGGCCGCGCAGGGCCCUGCCUGGGCUGCGGCGGGGCCCCAUGGGCCCGGGGAGCCCCGCGGGCCGCCGGGGGUAAGGGUGGGGAGCCCCCCCGGUCCCCGCCGCCAUGUACACCUUCGUGCUGCGGGACGAGGGCAGCAGCGUGUACGCCGAGGUGAGCCGGCUGCUGCUGGCCAGCGGGCAGUGGCGGCGCCUCCGGAGGGACAACCCGCGUUUCAACCUGAUGCUGGGCGAGAGGAACCGGCUCCCCUUCGGCAGGCUGGGCCAUGAACCCGGACUUGUGCAGCUGGUGAAUUACUACAGGGGAGCAGACAAGUUGUGCCGUAAAGCGUCUCUGGUGAAGCUAAUCAAGACAAGCCCUGAACUAUCGGAGUCCUGCACGUGGUUCCCUGAGUCAUAUGUGAUUUACCCGACGAACUUGAAGACCCCUGUGGCUCCAGCACAGAAUGGAAUUCGCCAUCUCAUAAACAACACAAGAACAGAUGAGCGGGAAGUCUUCUUGGCAGCUUACAGCAGGCGUCAGGAAGGGAGAGAAGGCAACGUGUGGAUCGCCAAGUCCUCAGCUGGUGCCAAAGGGGAAGGUAUCCUGAUUUCUUCAGAGGCUGCUGAACUUCUGGACUUCAUCGACGAGCAGGGACAAGUGCAUGUGAUUCAGAAAUACCUGGAGAAGCCUCUGCUUCUAGAGCCAGGGCAUCGCAAGUUUGACAUCAGGAGUUGGGUUCUUGUGGAUCAUCAAUAUAAUAUCUACCUCUACAGAGAGGGUGUCCUGCGGACCUCUUCCGAACCGUAUAACAGUGCUAAUUUCCAGGACAAAACCUGCCACUUGACCAAUCACUGCAUUCAGAAGGAAUAUUCCAAAAACUAUGGGCGGUAUGAGGAAGGAAAUGAAAUGUUCUUUGAGGAGUUCAACCAGUAUCUGAUGGAUGCCCUGAAUACAACGCUUGAAAAUAGCAUCUUACUGCAAAUCAAACACAUAAUAAGAAGCUGCCUUAUGUGUAUAGAGCCUGUAAUCAGCACAAAGCAUCUUCACUACCAGAGCUUCCAGCUCUUUGGCUUUGACUUCAUGGUGGAUGAGGAGCUGAAGGUCUGGCUGAUAGAAGUCAAUGGGGCCCCAGCAUGUGCCCAGAAGCUGUAUGCAGAGCUCUGCCAAGGAAUUGUGGAUGUAGCCAUCUCUAGCGUUUUCCCCCUCAAUGAAACUGGGCAGAAGACAGGACAGCCAUCAUCAAUCUUUAUCAAGCUGUGAUGACAACAAGAAUGCCUCUGCUGUGCACAGGAAGAGACUGCACCCAUCGGGUCAGAACAGUUUGGUGGAUUAUCUCAGUAUCAUGCCAAAAAGUGAUAGAGACAGGCAUCUUAGUUUCUGAGAAAUCACGGGGAAAAUCAACAAAACAGGCAUCCACACAGACCUGCAGUGAGCCAGAGCUGCUCAGAUAACUCUGCCUGCAUUCACCAAAAUCCACUUUAGAAACAGCUUAUGUGACUUUGAUAUCUGAAACAAAUCUCUCUGGGAGAACAGCAAAAUAACCUUAUAAUGAAACCCAAACAGGGAUACUAUAAUACUGUAUUAGCUCCAUCUUUUCUAUAGCGAUAAUGUUGGAUUUUUUUUUAAGGGAAUUGAGCGAAGAGAAUGACGAGCUUCUAGAAUGUUGUGGCUGGGAA